AUGAGCAUGCAGGCGAAAACAGAAGAAUCUCAGAAAGCGGGCUUUGUUCCGGGAAAGAAGCCGGCCGCGGUGGGUGUCACCCGAAGCCGCACCACCGGCGGCCGUGGCCAUCAGCACUCCAACUCGACGCCGCCGCUCACCACCACAACCGCAAAGCUCGGCCGCACGGCCAGCUCGGCUGCUUCAUUCGGCAGAAGCGCAGCUGCAACGUCGUCGUCGCACGCGCGCAGCCAGAGCACCUCGGCCGUGAGCGAGAUGACGACGGUGCUCGUCGGGCGCAAGCGCCAGGCCUUUGUCGUCAACCGCCGGCUUCUCUGCGCCGCGAGCCCGUUCUUCCGCGACCAGCUGCAGCAAAAGACGCACUCGUCGCCCAUGGCCGGCUCCUCUCGGCACUCCCUGUCGUCCUCGUCCUCCUCGGGCGACGGCUUCCACACGUACCGCCCCAUCACGCUGUGGCUGCCGGGCGAGUCCACCACCAUGUUUGGCCUCUUUGUCGAGUGGCUGCACUCGCCCUCGUCGUUUCGCUCGUUCCUCGACGACACGGCCGUCCUCGCCCACGGCGACGGCGGCGAGGCCACGCAGCUGCUGCACUGGGCGCUCGUCCGCCUGCACCUCUUUGCGGCGCACCUGGGCCUGCUCGCACUGCAGGACCUGGCCAUGGACGCCAUCCAGGACCUGUACCUGCGCUGCGACUGGGACAUUGCCCCCAGCGUCAUUGCCUACCUGUACACGCGGUGCGAGGCGCGCCAUGCCGUGCGCCUGCGCCGCUGGGCCGUCGCCAUGGCGGCCUUUUCCCUGACCGUCGCCUGGCACCUGAACCACGGGCAGCACGGGGCCACAGCAACAACAUCAACCGCAGCAGGACCACCAACGACGGGCAGGAGGCUCCAUCAGCGCACCGCGUCCGCAUCGUCCUCGUCGGCAUCGGCCGUGUGCGAUCCCGCGCGCCUGCACAGCAUGCUGGACGCGCUGCCCGAGUUCAGGGCCGACUACGCCACGCACGUGCGCAGCAUGCGCGGCGCGGGCCUCGACAUGCGUUUCAAGAACCCGCAGCUGCGCAUCCCCGCCAACGCCCUGCGCAACGACAAGCGCGUGUUUGGCUUCCGCGAGUGCUCGUUCCACUCGCACCGCGCGGCGGUCGGCCAGGACCCGUGCCCGCACGCGUCGAGCGGGCUGCGCGCCGCCGAGACGGGGUCGAUGCUGGACCUCGCGCCGCCGGAGGAGGACGACGAGGACGACGACGAGAGCGACGACGACACGAGGCAGUGGGAGAGGGAGUGGGCGGACGAGUACAGGGCGCUGGAGGCGGCGGCCGAGUAUACGUACGUGCCGACGACGAGCUUGAGGCCGCCGCCGCCGCCACCACCACCACCGACGAGUGCGCUGUCGCGGACGGUGAGCGGUGGUGGUGGGAGUACAAGGCCGCUCGUGUCCAGGUUUGGGCAUGACCGUGCUCGUAGUGUGAGUCGCGGAUGA